GCCUCGUCCGGCGAUUCGUCGCCUCCUCCUCCAAAUCCGCCGCCCUCGCAGCGCUCUCCAACCUCCUCUCCCUCUCCUCCCCUUCGCCCCCCUCGCGUAUGCGCGAAAUCCGCGAAACCAGUUGUUCAGCUGAACUCAAACUCACCGCCGAUGUUGCUGCGCGCUCUGGAACAAUUAGGGCAGUGCUUCCCGACGCUGAAACAUCUCGUCUCUCCUCGAUCUCUACUAUAAGAUCCCCCAGGGACCCCGGUCGAGCCCUCUAUCGCAUACCUCUACCUCAAAAUCCGAAUCCUAUUCUGUCGCCGGAAUUGAGACUAAAAAGUUGUCGACAUCAUUCUUCUUUGCAAACUCUGCCGUUCCAGCGGAGAAAGCUUAUAACGUCCAUGAUAAGGGUUUCUGCUUUAUUGGAUAUGCCCCGCCAGACAGCGGAAGGCAAAUUUGCAGGAGAUGGCUUUUUCGGUCUGAAAAAACCUUUCUGCCUUCGAGAUGUUAGAUUGACGCAACCAGAGCUACGGGAAACCGCUCCGUUCUGGCGAGAUAAACGAGGGUCGAAGCUGGCUGAAGCGCGGAGAAUGCGUCGUUCGCUGGCAGAGAUCUCUGUAGUUUUGCCGUCAGGGAACAUCAGCGACGUACACGGGGAAGAUCACCGAAUUCAAACUGCAUUUUCCCUGCCGAAGAAACAGAAGCAACAACAGAUAGAGGUAGAGAACACAGGCGGAAAGGAAUCAAGCAGCUGCAAUUGCCCGCAUCUCGCGACUCUUCCCCGGCCACAGGGCGCGGCCGGAGAUCUCCUCACGCACGAUCCCGCGCGUUCCUCCGCGACGACAGGAGCUGCUGCGCUCUUGUCAGUUUCAGGCGACCGAGGUAUGGCAUUGGGAGGUGGCGACCAGAUCCAGCAAGCGAGAAUCUCCCCCACCAGAAACCCUACUCCCGCCGAGCGGCGCUGCGUACACGUCCCAGCAGUUACUGAGCCGUCCGCCUCGCGUCCCUCGUCGCAUUCCGGUCUUGUUCAGACUCCAUUUUCGGGGCGAACACGACUGGAAACAGGGCGCGUGCUCGCGGCAAAUCUUGUACAGGCGUAUGCGCGAAUCCGCGAAACCAGUUGGUUCAGCUGGAACUCUAAACUCACCGCCGAUGUUGCUGCGCUUCUGGAACAAUUAGGGCAGUGCUUCGACGCUGAACAUCUCGUCUCUUCCUCGAUCUCUACUAUAAGAUCCCCCAGGGACCUCGCCCUCUUCUACUGCAACCUCAUCGAAUCCUAUUCUGGUCGCGGAUUGAGACAAAAAGUUGUCGACAUAUGUUCUUCUUUGCGAAAUCUGCCGUUCAGCGGGAGAAAGCCUUAUAAGUCCAUGAUCAAGGGUUUCUGCUUAUUGGAUAUGCCCGAAGAAGCGGAAGCAAAUUUGCAGGAGAUGGCUCUUUUGGGUCUGAAACCUUCUGCUUUCGAGUUUAGAUUGAUCGCACAGAGCUACGGGAAACCGGGCUCGUUCUCGGAGAUGAAACGGGUAAUUGGACUCAUGGAGGAUGCAGGAUUUAGCGUCGAUACCGUUUGCGCGAAUGUAGUCCUCUCUUGCUACGGAGAUCGUGGAGAGUUGCCUGAGAUGGUUGAGUGGCUCAAAUGGAUGAGAGAGUUAGGGAUCGAUUUCUCCGUGCGAACGUUUAAUACUGUACUGAAUUCGUGCUCAGUAAUAGUUGGUAUGGUUCGAGAUCUCGAUACGCUUCCCCUUUCGAUCGAACAGUUGCUCGACAAGUUGGAGAGCGAGUCUGCGUCUGUAGUUGAGGCAGCGCUCAUUCGCAAACUCAUCGAUUCGGCUCUUUUGGUCGAGAUGUUAGAGUGGUCUCCUGCAGAAGGCAAGUUGGAUUUGCACGGGUUUCACGCAACUUCCGCGUUUGUGAUAAUGCUGCAGUUUGUUGAUGAGCUAAGGUCGAGGCUGAGCGCGGAGAAUGCUGUCGUUCCUGCAGAGAUCUCUGUAGUUUGCGGGUCAGGGAAGCAUAGCGACGUACGGGGGAGAUCACCGGUGAAAAUGGUUGUGUCGGAGAUGUUGUUUCGGACGAAUAGCGUGAUGAGAUUGGAUAGGAAAAAUUCAGGCAGGUUCGUCGGAAGAGGGAAGGCGGUGAAAGAAUGGUUAUGCUGAUAUUCAUUCCUCGAUUUUACCUAUUAAUUUUUCAAGGCCAGUUAGUGCCCGACUGGGAAUGUUGUUUGAAUAAAAUUAUUUUGUUAUUAUAGUCAUUCGAAUUAUCCCUUAUUGGUGUAAAAACAUAAUAGUUCAAUUGUAUAUUCUACUUUUGAAAAUUAAAAACUCAUUUUAACUU